UUGGGAAGCAGCGGCGGUUCCCGAGGCGGUGGACGCUGGGGAGAGCUGGUUGCGGAGGUGCACCGACGCCUACUCCUCCUCCUCCUCCGGAGCUGACCCGCCGACCUCAUCCCUAGUCCGCGCCCCUCGCCCUUUCCCAGACCCCGUCCACUCCAUCGUCCUUGCUCCAGGAGCCUUCGGGGUUGUUCCCCCUUCUGGAACCGGAAGGUACUGCAGAGGCCUAGAGAGGGGAGGAAGGUGACAUCAAUUUGUGCACCUCCCAGACUAGAACCGAGAUACUGCUUGUCACCUUCACUGUGCUCAGGCCCGGUAGCACCCACGGGAUUGCCCAUCCUCCGGCAGCUCAGUGCAAAGGUGUGAACUCAACUUCCUUCAGAGCCUCCCCACCAUGGCCCAUUCUAGAACUGAUCUGGAGGAAAACAGGCCUGGGCAGACCUGGGUUCAAAUUUCAGCCUACCACCAACCAGCUAUGUGACGUUCUACCAAAGACUUGACCUCUCUGAGCCUCUUUCCUCAUCUGCAGUUUAAAAGACCUCCAAGAAGCUAGUGAACUCGGUGGCAGGCUGUGCCGAUGACACCCUUGCUGGCCUGGUGGCCUGCAACCCCAACCUGCAGCUCCUGCAAGGCCACCGUGUGGCCCUCCGCUCUGACCUGGAUAGUCUCAAGGGCCAGGUGGCACUACUGUCGGGUGGGGGCUCUGGCCAUGAGCCCGCCCAUGCCGGUUUCAUAGGGAAGGGGAUGCUGACAGGGGUCAUUGCGGGAGCCGUGUUCACCUCCCCAGCAGUGGGCAGCAUCCUGGCGGCCAUCAGGGCAGUGGCCCAGGUGGGCACAGUGGGGACCCUCCUCAUCGUGAAGAACUACACUGGGGAUCGGCUCAACUUUGGCCUGGCCCGGGAGCAGGCCCGGGCGGAGGGCAUCCCUGUGGAGAUGGUGGUCAUCGGGGAUGACAGCGCCUUCACCGUCCUGAAGAAGGCAGGCAGGCGCGGGCUCUGUGGCACAGUGCUCAUACACAAGGUGGCGGGUGCCCUGGCUGAGGCAGGUGCGGGGCUGGAGGAGAUCACAGAUCGGGUGAGCGAGGUCGCCAAGGCCAUGGGAACCCUGGGAGUGAGCUUGUCCUCCUGCAGUGUGCCGGGUUCCAAACCCACCUUUGAGCUCUCAGCCGAUGAGGUGGAGCUGGGCCUGGGGAUCCACGGGGAGGCUGGCGUGCACCGGAUAAAGAUGGCGACCGCCGACGAGAUUGUGGCGCUCAUGCUGGACCACAUGACGAGCUCCUCCAACGUGUCCCACGUGCCUGUGCGGUCCGGCUCCUCAGUGGUGCUGAUGGUCAACAACCUGGGUGGCCUGUCAUUCCUGGAACUGGGCAUCAUAGCCAACGCCGCCGUCCGCUCUCUGGAGGGCCGAGGGGUGAAGAUUGCUCGUGCCCUGGUGGGCACCUUCAUGUCGGCCCUGGAUAUGCCUGGCAUUUCUCUCACUCUUCUGCUGGUGGAUGAGCCCCUCCUGAAACUGAUAGAUGCCGAGACCACCGCCUCGGCCUGGCCUAACGUGGCCACGGUCUCGGCGACUGGGCGGAAGCGGUGCCGGGCUGCCCCCGCCAAGCCCCUGGAGGCCCCUGAUUCCACUGCUGCAGGAGGCGCAGCCUCGAAGCAGAUGGUGCUUGUGUUGGAGCGGGUGUGCGCCACCCUUCUGGGCCUGGAGGAACGUCUGAACGCCCUGGACCGCGCUGCCGGCGACGGGGACUGUGGCACCACCCACAGCUGCGCUGCCAGAGCGAUUCAGGGGUGGCUGAAGGAGGGCCCACCCCCUGCCAGCCCUGCCCAGCUACUCUCCAAAUUGGCCCUCCUGCUACUGGAGAAGAUGGGAGGCUCGUCCGGGGCGCUCUAUGGCCUUUUCCUGACGGCAGCGGCCCAGCCGCUCAAGGCCAAGACUGACCUUCCAGCCUGGUCCGCUGCCAUGGAUGCCGGCCUGGAGGCCAUGCAGAAGUAUGGAAAGGCUGCCCCAGGGGAUAGGACUAUGCUGGAUUCUCUGUGGGCAGCAGGACAGGAGCUCCAAGCCUGGAAGAGCCCAGGGGCUAAUCUCCAAAUCCUGAGCAAGGCAGUCAAGAGUGCAGAAGCCGCAGCCGAGGCCACCAGGAACAUGGAAGCUGGAGCUGGACGAGCCAGUUAUAUCAGCUCUGCGCGCCUGGAUCAGCCAGACCCCGGGGCGGUGGCGGCCGCGGCCAUUCUCCGUGCUAUCCUGGAGGUCUUGCAGAGCCAGGAUGCAUGAAUGCCUCGCCGGGCCUCAGGGCCUCACUCACUGCUAUGCCCAGCCGCUGCUGUCACUUACUUGUACCUUAGAACUGUCGCCCUCCCACGCCUCUCGCCCUCGGGCCCUGUCUUCUGAGUUCAGUAGGAAUUCCUCAACCAGCCUGCAGAAUUCCUCCACUGUAGAAACUGCAGGCCCAGAGUGGGUCACUGACCUUUCCCUCUUCAGGGAAGGGGGAGUCCUAGGGUCACCCGGCUCUGCCCCCAGCCAGUUCUGAGCUUCGAUGAUAAGGCUUUUCCCUAGGUGGCGGCACAACCUUUAACUGGCAACUCUCAUUUGGUUUUAAGACUCCCUGUGAAAGGUCUUCUGCUCCUGAACUGAGUGUGAAAAAGCAAGCCAGUAAACCACACUGAAGCAAAA